GCAACAUGGCUCCGCGUCGAAAACUUAAUAAAAAUAUCCUACUUAUGGAUAAGCAAAUAAUAGAUUUUGUUAAAGAGCAUCAAUUUGUUUACGAUAGGAGUCAUGAGAAUUUUAAUAAUAACAUUUACAAAGAAGACAAAUGGAAACAAUUGGCCGAUUCAUUGGAUGAACCAGUGGAAUUGAUUAAAAAACGUUGGAAAACAUUAAAGGACCGUUACUUCAGAUUAAUGAAAAAUGGUGGUGUACAAAAUUAUAAAUAUUGCCAUGAUUUAAAUUUCUUGGGCCCCUACGAACCGCGCAGAAGGAGUAUAAUCCGUUGUAAAAAAGAGGAAAACUAUGAAGACAAUAGUCAAAUGGAUGAAUCACUGGAUAGCUCCCAUAGUCCCGUAGAUGGUGAUAUGUUUGAAAAUAAUUAUACAUUGAGCAUAACAAGUUUGGCAACGGAAGAUGCUAAACCAACCAAAUUAGAAAAUCAUAGUAUUGUAUGUGAAGAAGUUGAUGAAAUUGCGCUAGAAGAUGUACUGCAAAUGCAACCAAAGAAACGAUACGCAGACACCUAUGCGGAAAGCAAACCGACCAAGUUAGAAAAUGAAAGCGUCGUAUGUGAAGAAGUUGAUGAAAUAGCGCUGGAAGAUGUACUGCAACUGCACCCGAAAAAACGAUUCAAACCCUCCUCUCUUGGAGAUACAGCCAUAUCUCAUUUCAUGCAUAGCUUGGCUUUGCAAAUUGAAGGAGCAAACCUCAGUGCCAGCCGCUUAAUAACGCUACAAUUAAAACUGUUACAGGUCGUCGGUGAGGAGAUAAGAAAUUGAGGAAUGAUAUUUGGGAGAAAAGCAGUGGAAAUCGUAAUCAUGCAAGCAUUUAAUUUUAAAUAAAUAUUAAUCUUUUCUUCGCUUUGAUUUUCCCUGCGCAGAUUGUAGGCAAUAGUAAUAAAUUAAUAAAAAAAAAUUAAUGGCUACGCUGCCAGUGUAAUAAGUA